AUGAGUGAGAAUGAAGAGGACAGUCCUCUGGGAGAUGAUCCUGAAAAUGUGGAACAAUAUGAGACGUUACUGGAGAUAUUUGAAGAGAGUGUUUUCCAGAUGUCUAGCAAGGAAGAGGCCUACCAGAGCCAGCGCAUGUUAAAAAUGCACAAGAGAGACCCCCUUGGGGAGACAAAGGAUAACUGCAUUCAUCUAGAAAUAGAUGUUGGAGACCUCCACAGCAUCCUUGUCCAUCAAGAAGAUGCUAUAGGGGACGAUCUCUGUGAGUACAGUGAGUGUGAGGUAGUCUUCAGUCAGACCUCAAAUAUUCUGCAGCAUGAAAUAUCCCAGAUAGGAGAAAAACCUCACAAAUGUACCGAAUGUAACAAAGGCUUCAGCUGGCGCUCUGAUUUAGUUAAACACCAGAGAACCCACACAGGUGAGAAGCCCUUCAUAUGCAGUGAGUGUGGGGAAAACUUCAGUGUGAGUUCCCACCUUAUCACCCACAGAAGAGUACACACAGGAGAGAGACCCUACUGUUGCCUUGAAUGUGGGAAAAGCUUCAGCCGAAACUCGCACCUUAGAAAUCACCAGCGAACCCACACUGGCGAAAGGCCCUUUGAAUGCAUGACAUGUGGGAAAAGCUUCAGUGAUUUCUCAACCCUCACUCAGCAUCAGAGAACCCACACAGGUGAAAAACCCUAUAUUUGUUCCAGAUGUGGGAAAUGCUUCAGCCGGAGCUCUCACCUGAGCAGACAUCAGAAAAUUCACACAGGAGAAAAAUCCUUUUUGUGUGCUGAAUGUGGGAAGAGCUUCCAAUAUGAGAUUCACCUCGCCCAGCACUGUAAACUACACCUGGGAUAGAGAGCAGGACAGCUCGUCCUUUGGGCCUGUGAGCAUUGCUGUCCUGCCUUUAAA